CAGCCCGCGAGCCCCCCCAGCAUCGCCCCAGCAUUGGCGCCCAGCGCCGGGGACGGGCCAGUCCCGAGCGCCGGGAGCCUCGUGUUCGGAGCUCACUGGGUGCCCCCGCAGUCUCCCCCUGCCAUGGACCCCCCGGACCCCCGGAGGAGGAGCGAGCCCGCCAUCCAAUGCACGUGCCCCCCGGCCCUCCAGGACAGGGCCUGGCCGUCCCGGCCCUGCAGCCCGCGCAGCCAGCAAGCGGUGGUCGCCCGGCCCGCGCCCUCCAGCUCGGCCGGCUGCUUGGAGUCCACCGGCCACACGGGGCCCUCCAAGCCCCUGAGCCCCAAACCCUGCAGCCCCAGGCCCAGGCGGCAGCGGCUGGACCUCCACUGCCCGGGCUGGAGCACGGCCGUCUCCAUGGUGUCCCUGGGGGGCCACGUGGACCGAGCCUCCGAGUCCCUGCGGACCUGCCGGACGCCCACGGCCCGCGCGAGCCUCCUGCUUUCUCUGCAGACCCUCGCGGACCGGGAGGAAGAGGGCAGGACCAGAGGUCGCCUGAGCACGGCCCCCUCGCUCAGACACCUGCCCAGGGCCCAGAACCACGUAUCCUGGGAAGAGCAAGCAGGCAAGAAGCCCUCCUGCUCCUGCAGUCAGAAAGCCCUUCGCGCUGAGCUGGCUCAGCGGCUCUGUUCCACCACCGACUUGGGGACGCAGGCCCUGCCGUCCUGCUCUGCAGAGGAGGUCCCCGGAGGGGCUCCUUCCCGGCCCGUGCACACGCCUCUCUAUUCACAAGUCAGCCUCGAUGACAUGUGGCUGGAGAAGGCGCAGAGGCGACGGUGGGAGAAGCAAGCCCAGGUGGACAGGACGUUGUGCACGGGGAUGGCACACAAAGCUGGCAUCCAGUGCUGGCGGAAGGUGAUGGGCACCUCUCUGAGUGCCAACAGCCACCCUCUCUCCCAGAGUGCGCCAACAGGACUCAACCACACGGGCUGCUCGGAGCGCACGCGUGGUGCUGCGCCGCCCUGCCAGUUGGUGUCUCUGCUUUCAGCCAUCCCCGACGGAGCUCUCGACAAGGCCAGCUGUGCUGAUGAGCUGGGCAGUGAGGAAGACCUGUACGAGGAUGUGCACAGCUCCAGUCACCACUACAGUCACCCCGGAGGGGGCGGCGAGCAGCUGGCCAUCAACGAGCUCCUCAGCGAUGGCAGCGUGGUCUGCGCAGAAGCUCUCUGGGAUCAUGUCACCAUGGACGACCAGGAACUGGGCUUCAAAGCUGGGGAUGUCAUUGAAGUGAUGGAUGCGACCAACAGAGAGUGGUGGUGGGGCCGCGUGGCGGAUGGCGAGGGCUGGUUCCCGGCCAGCUUUGUGCGGCUGCGGGUGAACCAGGACGAGCCCGGCGACGAGGAGGUGCUGAGGGCCGGGAAGCGCGAGGUGCCGGGCGGCGGGGCCGAGGCGCAGAGCAGCAAGGACCAGAUGCGGACCAACGUCAUCAACGAGAUCCUCAGCACCGAGCGCGACUACAUCAAGCACCUGCGGGACAUCUGCGAGGGCUACAUCCGCCAGUGCCGCCGGCGCGCGGACAUGUUCAGCGAGGAGCAGCUGCGCACCAUCUUCGGCAACAUCGAGGACAUCUACCGCUGCCAGCGCGCCUUCGUCACGGCGCUGGAGCGCAGGGUCAACCGCGAGCGCCCGCACCUCAGCGAGCUGGGCGCCUGCUUCCUGGAGCACCAAGCAGACUUCCAGAUCUACUCCGAGUACUGCAACAAUCACCCCAACGCCUGCGUGGAGCUCUCGCGCCUCGCCAAGCUCAGCAAGUACGUGUACUUCUUUGAGGCCUGCCGGCUGCUGCAGAGGAUGAUCGACAUCUCCCUGGACGGCUUCCUGCUGACGCCAGUGCAGAAGAUCUGCAAGUACCCGCUGCAGCUGGCCGAGCUGCUCAAGUACACACACCCCCAGCACAGGGACUUCAAGGACGUCGAAGCCGCCUUACACGCUAUGAAGAACGUGGCCCGGCUCAUCAACGAGCGGAAGCGGAGACUCGAGAACAUCGACAAGAUCGCUCAGUGGCAGAGCUCCAUAGAGGACUGGGAGGGGGAAGACCUCCUGGUCCGGAGCUCAGAACUCAUCUACUCGGGGGAGCUGACGCGGGUGACACCGCCGCAGGCCAAGAGCCAGCAGAGGAUGUUCUUCCUGUUUGAUCACCAGCUCAUCUUCUGUAAGAAGGACCUUCUCCGCCGGGACAUGCUGUACUACAAGGGCCGCGUGGACAUGGACAGCCUGGAGGUGGUCGACGUGGAGGACGGGAAGGACCGAGAGCUGCACGUGAGCGUCAAGAACGCCUUCCGGCUGCGCUGCCGGCCCACGGGCGAGGGCCUCCUGCUGUGCGCCAGGAAGCCCGAGCAGAAGCAGCGCUGGCUCCGGGCGCUGGCCCGGGAGCGGGAGCAGGUGCGGCUAGACCAGGAGACAGGCUUCUCCAUCACAGAGCUGCAGAGGAAGCAGGCCAUGGCGAAUGCCAGCAAGCAGGUCACCGCGAAGCCCAAAGCCCUAGGCCGGCCCCACCACCUGGCGCGCCAGUGGCCCCCGGGGACGCCCCCCAGCCUGCCCCAGCAGCAGGGCGCGGCGCUGGCAGGGCCCAAGCGGAAGCCGUCCACCUUCUGGCACAGCAUCAGCCGGCUGGCACCGUUCCGCAAGUGAGCUCCCCGAGGGCACCGCCGCUCCGACACGCCCCGGGCCCAGCCCCUGUCACGCCGCGAGCAGCGGGCCAGGGCGGGCGCCGUGCCAUCCUGUGCCCCCGCCCUGCGUGCGGGGGACGCCACCCGGAGGAGGCUGGCCACAGGAGCCUCCCUGGACACUCCCGUCACCUGCUGCUUCUCCGGAGGGACAGUCUCGCCACACCUCCUCCUUCCCGUGUUCCUCGUGGGGCGGAGGCAGGACUGUAGCUGGCACCAUGUCUGUCGGGCUCGGGACCAGCCCUCCUGCAGGCGUGGGUGACGUCAGAGCCUGGUCUGGGGUUGGUUUGCUGCUGCUUAUUAUUAUUGUUUUUUUUUUUGUAUUUGUUUUUCCCAACAAUGGAGAGAGAAACUGUCGUGACAGAGAUUGCCUUAGCCGAAGGGAGCAUGAGAAGCCAUAGGCUGAAUUCUGUGGCCCAGUACCCCAAAGCCGGGGGGCGGCGGGCGGGGGCAGGAAAGUGUCUUGUGCCGGGCAGGGCUGGGACUCCGGGCUCGCCCGUGUCCCACCGACCCAGCCCUGCGGCCCGCGGGGAUUCAGCAGCAUGUUCCGUCAUGGUUGCACUAAACCUUCUCCAACCCAGAAACCACACUUAAUUUCAUAAAGAAACGUGAAAACGA